CUUGGUUGCAAUAUGUCUCUAAAGAUCCACUUCCUUCAUUCCCAUCUGGAUUUCUUCCCUGACAACUGCGCUAUGGAUAGGGAUGAACAUCGCGAACGUUUUCAUCAAGAUAUCGCAACGAUGGAACAACGAUACCAGGAAAUAUCGUCCACUGGCUGA